AAGUCUUCCAUUUUCUGAGAAUGUGAGUGCUGUUCAAAAAUUAGACUUUUCAGAUACAAUGGUGCAGCAGAAAUUGGAUGAUAUCAAGGAUCUAAUUAAGAGAGAAAUAAGGAAAGAACUGAAAAUCAAAGAGGGAGCAGAAAAUCUGAGGAAAGUCACAAGGGAUAAAAAAAGUUUGUCUUAUGUAGACAACAUUUUGAAAAAAUCAAAUAAAAAAUUAGAAGAACUACAUCACAAGCUGCAGGAAUUAAAUGCACAUAUUGUUGUAUCAGAUCCAGAAGAUAUUACAGAUUGCCCAACGACUCGCAGAUUGCAGCAAAGGUUUCAGUUUAAUCUGCAAGACUUCAGGUGUUGUGCUGUCUUGGGAAGAGGACAGUUUGGAAAGGUGCUUUUAGCUGAAUAUAAACACACAAAUGAGAUGUUUGCUAUAAAAGCCCUAAAGAAAGGAGAUAUUGUGGCUCGACAUGAAGUAGACAUCCUGAUGUGUGAAAAAAGAAUUUUUGAAACUGUGAGUAGUGUAAGGCAUCCCUUUUUGACGAACCUUUUUGCAUGUUUCCAAACCAAAGAGCAUGUUUGCUUUGUAAUGGAAUAUGCUGCCGGUGGGGACCUAAGGUUGCACAUUAAUACUGGUGUCUUUUCUGAACCAACAGCUGUAUUUUAUGCUGCUUGUGUAGUUCUUGGGUUGCAGUAUUUACAUGAACACAAAAUUGCUCAUAGAGAUUUGAAAUUGGAAAACUUAUUGCUAGAUACAGAGGGCUUUGUGAAAAUUGCUGAUUUUGGUCUUUGCAAAGAAGGAAUGGGAUACAGAGAUAGAACAAGCACAUUUUGUGGCACUCCUCUAUAUCUUGCCCCAGAAGUAUUAACAGAAAUUUCUUAUACAAGGGCUGUAGAUUGGUGGGGCCUUGGCGUGCUUAUAUAUCAAAUGCUUGUUGGUGACUAUCCCUUUCUUGGUGAUGACGAAGAGAAACUUUUUGACAGUAUUGUAAAUCAUGAAGUAAACUAUCCAAGGUUCUUAUCUACAGAAGCCAUUUCUAUAAUGAGAAGGCUGCUAAGAAGAAAGCCUGAGCGGCGCCUUGGGGCUAGCAAGAAAGAUGCAGAAGAUGUAAAAAAGCACCCAUUUUUCCGGCUAAUUGAUUGGAGCGCUCUGAUGGACAAAAAAGUAAAGCCACCAUUUAUACCUACCAUAAGAGGACAAGAAGCUGUUAGUAAUUUCCAUGAUGAAUUUACCUCAGAAGCACCUAUUCUGACUCCACCUCGAGAACGAAGGAUACUUUCGGAAGAGGAGGAGGAAAUGUUCAGAGAUUUUGACUACACUGCUGAUUGGUGUUAAGUUGCUAGACACUGCGAAACCAAGCUGACUGACUCACAAGAAGACCUCUUAAAAAUAGCAAGCCUUCAUUUGCUCUCUGUGCCACCAAUAGCUUGAGUUUUGUUUUGUUUUUUUUUAAUUGAAACACGUGAAGAUUUGUUUAAAAGUACCAUUCUAAUACUUCUUCAAAAGUGGCUUCUCAUUGUACUUCAGCGUAAAUAUGAGCACCGGGAACAUUUUCAUGGAGUUUAAGUUGAGUGAACAUCGGCCAUGAAAAUCCAUCACAAAUACUUUUGGAUCAAUAGUCUAUUUUAAAAAAGAAAGAAAAAAACCACUUGUUUGCAGUCCCUAGCUUUGCCAUAUGCCCGCCUUAAGUGGAAGGAAAAUUAAUCACUUAACUAUGUUUUACAAAAAGAAAAAAAGGGAGGGUG